UAUUGAUAAAAAUGCUUAUGUGUCAAAUACUUAUUUUCCCCGCUUUAAUUUAAAACAUGCUCACUUUACCCACACUGACAUUAUUGCAUUUUUUUGGGAAACAGAUACAAAAGUCUGUUGGUCAAAAUAAGUGGAUCAGUAUAAAACAUAAUUUUGUUUUAAACUACAAGUGGUAACGCUCGCUUGCUAUGAAAGAUUCAGUCACUUAUGCAUUUUGUAGACACUUCUAUCCAAAGUAAAUUACUGUGCGUUCAGUACAGUACUGUAUGUGUGUUCCCUGGGAUCGAACCUAACUUAAACCUGUCUUCAGUGCACUGUAAGUUACUGUAGAUAAAAGCAUCUGCCAUAUGUACAAAUGUAAAUGUUUAUGGUUGAACUUGUGCAGGCUGCUCUUGUCAUAAAGAAGUAAGCUUUCUUAUAUAGUAAACACAGGAUUGAGGCAGCAGAAGCGCUGGCGGGCAAACAAGCAUUUUAGCAUCUUUUUUAGCAUCUAUGUGGUCAUUUUAGAGUAGACAGUCAAGCUGGAUUCCUGCCUCUGUCGAGUUUGCUUCGAAGCUUUUGACACUUGCACUUUUCAUCCAGUGCUUCUGCCUUUUUCCGCUGCAUUGCAAAAUCUGUCUAUCAUUCGCAGGGUUCAUUUUCUACUGACUGGUGGUAUUACGGGUUGUGUCAUUUUUGGUUUCAGGGCAAACUGCAAAAGGUAGAACAGUCACAGAUACACGUAUGACACGGUCGGUGAUGCACUGAGGAUCUUUGUCUAGACACCGACAAGGCAGUCAAAAAAAAUCUCCGUUCUUUGUCUCUAUUCGGUUUGUAUUCUUCAAAUCCGUCUUGCUUUUCUGAAUCACAGAAUCGGAGGGACAGACGGGAAAUGACAGCACACACGUCUCUUUCUCUCUGUUGUUACCCUCUGUCUCACACAGACAUACAUACACUCCGCAUACACUAUUUGAAAAUAUCUAUCAUAAAAGUCACGGCAGCAGAAGCAGCAGCAGCUGACUGUGAAGACAGGAAGCACAUCUUCAAUGUGCACAUAACCAGAUCAUUCAUUUAAUGAAUCACUCAUCAAAAUCACAAUCUUUAAAUAGGCAGAGAGUGAAUGACAUGAUGAGACCCCUCCUGCAAAAGCUCUGCACAGAUGUAACAAGAAUAAAAAGAGAGAUACACACUUGACAAGACCUUUUAAGUUGUCUUCUAAACAAUUACAGCGCAGGAUUAAUGAAGAAUUGAUCACAGAGCAUUGCCCUGCGAGAAUUAAAGGUGCACGCGGUCGAAAGGACCGUGUCAUCUCAAUGCUACAACACAUUUGAUUUCACGCGGAAAGCAGCGGUUCGUAUGUCCUGACAUUUACAUAUUGCCAUUUAUAGUCGUCUGCCCCAAAUAUCUACCCUCUGUUCCUCUGCCACUCUGAAAUCAGAAACCAUCUCAUCUCACCGAGUUCACCAUUCACAGCAGAGAUGCAUGAAAACGCUUAUGUGAAUUACUGUCAGUGUUUCUGUGUUGUGUACGUGUCUGCAUCUGUUCCUUUAUAUGAACGCAUCUCUGGCAGUAAAGCUAUGAGUCAUGGCUCUGUAGAUGUGCGUCUAAUUUGACUGAACCGUUGCCAACAACGUCUCACUUUCUGCCUCGAUAACCGCCACCCUUUAUGACCGAUAAACUUUGACCUUUCUUGCGAUUGGUUGAUUACCAUCACAGUGGGACAGAAGUUCACGGGGUGGCUUCUCUCCCGAGUUCCCUCGUCUCAGUUUGUCUCAGAUUGGAUUAACCGGUGAACUGAAGAUGAGCUCUUGCAGCAGCAGGGCUCUGACUUUGCUCUCCACGGUGUUCGGGGCAUGCGGACUGCUGUUGGUAGGGGUUGCCGUGGCGACGGAUUAUUGGCUGCUGAUGGAGGAGGGCAUCGUGCUGCAGCAGAACCAAACGGUCGACGUCAAGAUGGCACUGCACUCUGGCCUGUGGAGAGUGUGUUUUAUAGCAGGUUCGGAGAAAGGUAGAUGUGUCGCCUCUGAGUACUUUACAGAACCGGAGAUUGAAAUCACCACAGAAAACACAGCAAAUAUUCUCAAGAUGGUGCGGACAGCUACCCCCUUUCCUAUGGUUUCUCUGCUCUUUGUCUUUAUGGCCUUCAUCAUCAGUAAUGUGGGCCACAUCCGCCCUCAGCGCACCAUCCUGGCCUUUGUUUCUGGAAUCUUCUUUAUCCUCUCAGGGUUAUGUCUGGUGGUGGGGUUGGUGUUGUAUAUCUCCAGUAUCAAUGAUGAAGUGAUGAACAGGCCGCGAGAACCAGAGCACUUCUUCAACUACCACUAUGGCUGGUCCUUUGCGUUCGCUGCCAGCUCCUUCUUGCUCAAAGAGGGUGCCGGUGUGAUGUCUGUGUAUCUCUUUAUGAAGCGUUAUGCGGAAGAGGAGAUGUAUCGGCCUCAUCCGGCUCUCUAUCACCCGCGCCUUUCUGAGGGCAGCGACUACAGCGGCCAGUACCUCCAUCCAGAGACCUGGCCUCCACCUCAGAGAGCACGGAGCACCUCUGAGAUCUCCAGCGACAUCUCCAUCCAGCUCACUCAGAACCCCCAGCUCCCACCGAAGACCGGUGCCCAACAAAACACAUCAUCUCCAGGAAUCACCGCUUCUUCCAGCCCCACCUCUGGAGCCGAUUACCAGAUGCCUUCACUGACUUCUGGUGCUCCAUUUUCCCACAAUCAUCCUCUUCACCCUGGGGCACACGGAGCAGCUGCAGCAUCGCAGACCCUGCCUCUGUCCGCAUCACCCGCUGCAGUGCCACCCCCACACUAUCACACACAUAUGCGCAUGGGCGCCUCUCCCUGCUAAAUGAAGGUUGAGGAGAAGGUUCAGAGUUUUUGAUAGUUUGUUUUUAAUUGAGGUAAAGCAGAAACAUCAAGAAAGAAAGAAUUUGAGAUGCAGUUUUCUAUAUGAGAAUAUAAAGAAGUGCCAAAUAUUCUGUUUGUAACAAAAGGCCUCUUUUUUAAGAUUGAAAUGUUGUUGUGAAAUUGUAGCAUAUUAAACUGCACAGGGAUCUAAUGGGGGUUUGUUGCACAAUCACAAUUCAUGUGCUUAGGUUUACACAUUUAGAUAACGAUUGCCUUUACGGGUGAUAUAAAAUAUUGAACUUAAGAUAUUAUGUAUUUCUCAUCAUGGAAUCUGUAAAUUGUUCGUUUUAGUAUUAAUAUUAUCAAAUGAUAAAGUGGGAAUUACUUAGUUAAGUAAGAACAAAUGAAAAAGAUAAACAUAUUGUUUGCAUUUCUAAUAAGAGUUAUUCAUGAUAACCCUAAAAAUUGUUCUUAAACAGCAUUUCUGGUGUAAAUACUGUGUACUCUUGUGUUUGUGGCUGUGAUGUUAGUUCACUGCCUUACUGCAAUGAUGUUAACAAAUGUGGUAAGAGAGAAAAUAUAAUGAAAUAAAAAUGUUUGAAAGCUCAUACACUGUAAGUUCGUUUUGUGAAUGUUUGAUAGUAUGUAGCAAUACAAAAAUAUCUCAUCUGAACCAUAGCACUGA